AUGUCGUGGGCUGGUUUCAAGAAAAAUGUCAACCGCGCUACGACGCAGGUGAUGAUGAAGACAGGUCAUGUUGAGAAAACGAGCGAUCGUGAUUACGAAGUGGAGGAAAGACGAUUCCAUACAAUGGAAGCGGCGGCGACACGGUUACAAAAAGAGGCCAAAGGAUACUUAGACUCAUUAAGAGGAGGCGAUUCUGACGCCGAGAUCAUAGCUAUGACAGCAUCGCAGAUGCGGAUUGCCGAGACAAUCGACGCCUUUUACGGUGAUGCCGGAGCCAAAGAUGGUGUGAGUCGAAACUACAAGCAGGCGGUGGAGGAUCUGGACUCAGAAACUAUCAAGGCUUUGGAUGGCCCGUACAGAGCUACGGUGUUUGACCCCAUCUCGAGAUUCUGUAACUACUUCCCCGACGUCAAUGAAUGUAUGAAGAAACGCAGUCAUAAGCUGCUCGAUUACGAUGCCCUCCGUGCAAAGGUCAAGAAGCUUGUCGACAAGCCCGACAAAGACUUGACCAAACUCCCGCGUGCUGAAAAGGAGCUCGACAUGGCGAAGCAAGCAUACGAGCAACUCAACGAGCAACUUUCCACAGAACUACCGCAACUGAUCGACCUGCGUGUGCCAUACCUGGAUCCCAGCUUUGAGGCACUUGUCAAAAUCCAGCUUCGGUUUUGUGCCGAAGCAUACAGUCGGAUGGCACAGGUGCAGCAGUAUCUAGAUGCUGACACACGCGAUCAGUAUGCCAAUGGUGAGCUUGAUACACGGGUGGAGCAGGUGCUACAGGAAAUCCGGGAGUUGAGCAUCAGCGGAACGGUAUAG